UCACGCCUGUUAUCUGACUCUCUUCCCAGGUGGCACGGGCCAGCAUUUCACCGCCUCCUGAGCUUCUUUACACCUUUGUCACACGUGCUAUUUCUGGUUUGCUGUGCUUUGCGACAAGAAUCCAGAGUACAAGGGGUUGUGAAUCUCAAUGAGCAAGCAGUCUGUCAUCUGUACUCAACCCAGAAAGAAUUUGGAGUCGAAUGGAGUGAGUGCGGAGGCGCAGCAUCUCAGCAGUGGGGGGCAGGUCCCCUCGCAGCUCGUGCCGGUCACCUCCUCGAGCAGAGGCAAAGCCAUGGCUCCCAGCAAACAACCCAAGAAACAGGAGGGGUCCAGCAAGGAGAGUGUCGAGUACCGACAGCGCCGUGAACGUAACAACCUGGCGGUCAGGAAGAGCCGCUUAAAGAGCAAGCAGAAAGCCCAGGACACACAGCAGAGAGUCACCGAGCUGAAGGAAGAGAAUGAACGAUUGGAAGCAAAAAUCAAACUGCUGAGUAAAGAGCUGAGCGUCCUGAAGGACUUAUUUCUGGAACAUGCACACGGAUUCACUGAAAGCCGCAACGCUGGGCACGAACCCAGUAACAUGGGGCAGUAACAUAGCAAGGACAAGGUGUGGGGGAUGGGGUAAAAGGUGACGAAUGCACCAGCAUCUAAUGUUGAGGAGAAAAACUUUUGCAGAAAGGGUUUUUGCUUUUAAAUUGUCUAUUCCUUAAUUUAAUUUA